GUCGCAAAUGUAUCAGUAUGUAGCAGUUUUAUAUGUGUCUCUUCUCAGUAUCCUUCUGCACUCGUAGUAGUAUCGAAGAGGAAGCUGACACACUAGUUUCGAUGAAGGGUUCUUUCAGAUAAUGGCUACUGCAACUGUGGCUGAGCUGAGUCCAUCGAUCAUUUUCUGAUAGGUGGUCUAACCUGUCCCUACGAUGUCAUUGUACGUGCUUGCUCUUUGAAACCUAUGAUAGAUAGCCAAUCAAGAAGAUAUGGUUCGACUUUCUACUCUUUCAGCUAAUGUUUUGUAUCCACUGCGUUCAUCUUACCCCUUACCCUUUACCGAAGUAAUCGAGCGCUGCUGCCUAUCUAUUUAUAACCAGACGAGUUCGUCCAUUGCCUCCCACCACAACAUAACACACAGGCAUUCCAUGAUCUCGUUUCUUCUACUCCAUAGCUGCCUAGUAGGUUUUGGCAGUACAGGGUACGUCAUGGUUAGCCCGAGGAAGCUCAUCAAGAUGGUAGGUGAGGCAAAGAUCUCAUUGCUCAGUGGUGGAGAUGACGGUGGUGGCAGCUCUCGGAGGACAUCGGUGGCUCGAAAGGGCCACUUCGCCGCGUACACGAGGGACGGGCGGCGUUUCCUGAUCCCGAUAGCUUAUCUCAACAGCAGCGUCUUCAAGGAGCUGCUCCGGAAGUCGGAGGAGGAGUUCGGGCUGCCGGUCGGCGACAGCCGCAUCACGCUGCCGUGCGACGCGGCGUACAUGGAGCACGUCGUGGCGUCGCUCAGAGACGCAUCCCUCAAGAGGUGGAACAAGCCUUGUGCGGCUCCCUUACUCCCCACCGGUGCCGCUUCUUGCUCGAUCGACAUGACUCGGAAGAAGCGUGCACUGCUUCGCCAUGGCUGAUUUGUUGUGUUGGUAUUCUUUUGGAGCACUUGUGUAGAGUUAUUCUUCCUUCAUCUCGCAGAUGCAAUCGGUCAGUGUUAGGACCGUCCUCCAUCGAUCCACAU